CUUCUUCAAAAUAUUCGUUCACAAGUGUGCUUUUUCUGCCGGUUUCGCUGGAGAAUAACUGCAUGCUUUGUUGUGGAUGUCGGAUAUUACAGAGUCAGGUACAUACAUGGUGAUCGAGCUCCAGCAUAUGGUCGCACCUCCCUUCUUGUGCUCCAAGUCUCUUUGCAUCAACAAGAAAAGGCUGCGCCAAGCUAUAGGUCUACGAUAUCUUCACAGCCUAGUCUCUCAAGUCAAAUUGCAAAGACAGUGCACUCACAAGAUGCAAAGCUGUGAUACGCCUUUGCAGAUUAUCCGCUCUCAGGUCAAACACUGCAACGAAACGAAGCAAGAGCUAGUAACAAUGUUCACUCCCGAUGAUUCAAGCCAUCACUUCUUGCAAGAUAUCACUGGACAUAUAUUCUCGAAUCAAUGGAAAAGCGUAAAGCCACUCUGCAAAGGAGAAAGAAAAGUUAUUACUCGCGAAAGAGAAAACUUGGUGACAGAUAUGUUGGCAAUUAAAGAAGUGUGGUUCUAAGGCUGUCUUCAGAGAUCUUAAACAUCGAAGGGAAGGAG